AUGCGUAUCACAUUUUGGCUGGUAGAGAACUUGUUCGGACGCGCUGGCCGCUUCGCCUCUUGCACACUUCGAUCAGGCAUGCCCAACAGCCUGAGCGAAACCACUCUUGCUGUCACGCAGCCCCCUUCUGGGGUGAUGACCCCGGUCAACCCGUCGGAGUUUCCAGAUGCACAGUUUGGAGAUCUCGAGAAGGGGCUGUCAGACAAAACCGAGAUUGACCUUCCUAAGCAAGAUGACCAUGGUUGGCGACGAAUUGUCCGUGGUUUUACUCCUUCUAUGUUCUCCAUAACUAUGGGCACUGGUGUCGUGGCGAUCCUGCUGCAUCAAAUGCCGUACAACAGCAGCUGGACAAAUUACCCUUGCUACAUCAUAUUCGGACUCAACGUCCUGACAUUCAUUGGCGCUUUGUUGGUCUCCAUCCUGCGGUAUACUCUGUGGCCUGAGUUAUGGCCAGCGAUGAUACACCAUCCGACUCACUCUCUGUUCUUGGGUUGUUUUCCAAUGGGUCUCGGGACUAUCGUCAACCUGAUCGUGUUGGUCUGCGUUCCAGCGUGGGGUCCUUGGGCAGCGACAAUGGCGUGGGCUCUGUGGUGGAUUGAUGCUGCUCUUGCUGUGACUAUUUGCUGUUCAGUCGCCUUCCUGAUGAUCUCGGUCCAUGAUGUGACGCCUGAGAAACUGACUGCUGCAUGUUUGUUGCCUGCCGUCAGCUGUAUCGUUGCUGCAUCGACUGGCGGCCAAGUCGCGCAGAUGGAGGCACUUGAAGCCCAUGAAGCACUCUGGACACUACUCACCUGUUAUUGCUGUUGGGCAAUUGGCUUCUUUGUUGGGUUGAUGAUUCUAUGCAUAUACUUUUACAGACUGUUGUUGUUCAAGCUUCCUUCUCAGGAAGUUGUUGUUAGCGUGUUCUUGUCUUUGGGGCCUCUUGGACAAGGAAGCUUUNNGGGUGAAAUCUUGCAAUGCGGGAAGGCUGCAAGGAUGAUAUUUCCAAAACUUACUCUACUGCCACCGGAGGCAGGCACCAUACUUUACGUCAUGGGAAUCAUCAUGGGUCUUGUCAUCUGGGCGAUGGCCAUCCCGUGGAUGUGUUUCGCAGUGGGAUCAGUCCUGCGUCUGAGAUUGAGGUUCCCUUUCAACAUCGGCUGGUGGGCCUUUUUGUAUCCAGUUGCAACCAUUACACUGAGUGCCGAGCUGGACUCUGCGUUCUUUGGUGUGAUUGCAGAGGUUCUUACCGCCAUCAUCGUACUCGUAUGGAUUAUCUGCUUUGUGAGAACCGUCAGAGGAGCCUUUUCCGGCGAGCUCUUCCCAAAGCCGGGUGUUUGUGAACUUCGUCCAGACUCAGGAGCAAAGACUCCUUGA